AUGACAUUAUCUGUUGAUGAACUUACUCAGAAAGUUAGUGAUAAGGCAUCAAAAGUGUUUGAUUCAUUCUUUAAGAUGUUAGAUAAGAUGAAAUAUAUCAUCAUCAUAUUUUGGAUUCUAGUGACUCUUGGCUUGUUAUAUUGUGUUUUUGGGUUCUUAAAGCACACUUCUAUGACUGUAACAGCCCCUAAAGGUACAUUAGGAUAUGAGGCCAAUGCACUCUUUAAGACAUAUUUUCCCGAUCAAGCCACACUUUCAGAUGGAGGAAUAGUAAUUCAACAAUAUGAGAAGAAAGAUGACAUCAACAACUCAUCUUAUUUACUUGACUUCUCUUUGUACUUGAAUGAUUCUUUAAUAAACGACAAAAAGGGUUAUUUAGUGAAGAAGAUUCAAGGAAGGUACAUCUCACCUCCCGAAGAUACCAUCUUCCAAACUUUAAUAAAUAAAUACAGUGGGAUCAAUAUGGUAUCUGGAGAUACAACACUGAUUGAAUUACAAUUAGAUUCUUCUGAGCCUUCUGCGUUAACGGGUAUAAUAAAGAGAACUCGUUUAUAUAUAGAUGAUUACAUUAAAGACAAUGGUGAUAAUGGGUAUCAUUUCUAUGUGACUGGAUAUGAUGCCCUUUCUUUAGAUCUUCAAAAUGAUGUGAUCAAGUCUUUAGAGAAGAUGGAAUUUAUAGUGAUGCCAUUAGCUCUUUUGAUACUCUUAUAUGUAGUCCAGUCUCCUGUAUUAUUAACUAUACCAUUAAUUAAUAUGGUAGUUAUCAUAGUAGUAAGCUUUGGUAUCAUGUAUCCCAUAUCACUGAAUGUUGUAGUGUUUGGGAUAACCCCAGCAAUGAUGUUAUCUGUUAUAAUGGCUUGUGGUAUUGAUUAUUCCCUUUUUCUACUUACUCGAUUUACAGAAGAGAUUAAUAAGAAGCAGAGUUAUUAUACAUCAGUGUCUAAUAUGUUAAGGUCUUCUGGAAGAAUUGUAGCAACAAGUGGGUGUGUCAUGCUCUGUUGCUUCUCUGUGAUAGCAUUCUUUCCAUUUGAUUUGAUCAGAUAUAUGGGCAUCGGGUGUGCGUUGGCAGUCACUUCGACAUUACUUGUCGACUUGACAUUAUCCCCCGCGUUGCUCUUAGCAUUUCCAAGAUUUUUUAAACUCCAAAGUUGUGUACCGUGUUCAAAGAAAUGUGUGAAAUACACUCAAAAGCGUGCUCGAUUCCAAGGCUUUGGAGAUAAGAUGUGGCACCUCUUUGCGACGUUUCAGAGUAAAAAGCCAGUCUCUCUAGCAUUACUCAUUGGUGGAUUUCUGAUCCUUUUACCAUUCUGUUGCUUCAUUUACAAAUUCAAGUGGACUUUAGACACCAAUCAAGUCGUUCCAAUAGACACAGAGUUUGAUAUUGGCUUCAAAACGAUUCAAAAAGCCUUUCCUCCAGGAGUGUUAUAUCCAAUGAAUUUACUCAUUCAAAACAACUCACAAAAAUUGAAUUACAACUCAGAAGAGUUCUAUCGAUUUUCUACUGAGUUAGUUAAUACUUUAGUAGUCGAUAUGAAUUAUGCAUUUGAUAACAAUUCAUAUAUCGCUUUCAACUCUGCGGGGGCUAAAGUGGCAUCUCCCGAGUUAUUAAGUCAAAUGGAACAUAUGGCUGGAUAUGUAGAAUUUACUCAAGACUAUAUUUCAAGUGACAAUAACUUGAUUGUAUCUCGAUUGAUUAGUACAGUAGAUCCGACUAAUAACUCCACUCAACUUGUCGCGGAUAUUCGAGCGCAUUUGACUCAACUUGAAAGCAAAUAUGGGUACACUUUAUUACUGCAAAGUUUAACAAUAGAUGGCGUUGAUUGUGUGAACAUGUCGAUGCGAUAUUUUGGAGUCGUUGUAAUCGCAUUGUUCAUAGUAAUUUUGCUGUUAGUCCUUCUCUUCUUCAAAUCACUAAUGGUUCCUGUUCGAGUCGUUCUAACGACUUCCUUAACUGUACUCUUUGUAUUUGGAAGUGCGUCUUUUGUGUUUUGCACUGAUUACUUUGACUUCAUUCCUGAUGUCAAAGCGAUAGAUGGACUCUAUUGGGGAGUUCCUUUAGUCUGUUUACCUAUUAUAUGUGGUCUGUCAUUAGAUUAUGAUAUCUUUCUGUUCAGUCGAAUCAAAGAAUAUCGAGAGAGGAAAUUCUCGACAACGGUAGCAACUGUAUUUGGUGUAGAAAGGACUGGCUAUUUGAUAACAUUUUGUGGUAUUAUUAUGGCAAUAGCAUUCUCCGGUCUUUUCAUGAGUGACAUUUUGUGUUUAAAAUUAUUUGGCUUUAUAUUAACUCUAUCAGUGCUCGUGGACACUUUCAUAGUGAGAACCUUAAUAGUCCCAUCUUUCGUACAUUUGUUCGGAGAGGCAAAUUGGUGGCCAAUUAAAUAUGAAAUCGAAGUGACUCGAUAUGAAGAUGCUUGUGAUCAUAACAUGUACGAUCACUUGGAUGAAGAAUCUUCUUCUUCAUCUUCGUCAACUCGUGAAGAGUUU